ACACCGGAAGCUUCCGUCCUGCGGUGGAAACUUCGGGCUCGUGGAAACUUCGCGGGUCGGCCCGGCAUGAUCGUUUGCAACGUGAGCCUGAGCUGUGUGCACUGUCCCGGGGGAGGAGCCGGCGGCACCGCGGCGACCGCGACGGGCGCGUACGAGGAGGUGUCCGACUCUCUCCCCGCUCCGUCCCUGAGCCCGAAGGGGCACCUGGUGGUGGCGGUGUGCCUCGGCUUCAUCGGCACCUUCGGCUUCCUCAGUAACUUCCUGGUGCUCGCGCUGUUCUGCCGGUACCGGGCUCUGCGCACGCCCAUGAACCUCCUGCUGGUGAGCAUCUCUGCCAGCGACCUGCUGGUCAGCAUGGUGGGCACCCCGUUCAGCUUCGCGGCCAGCACGCAGGGCCGGUGGCUGAUCGGACGGGCCGGCUGCGUUUGGUACGGGUUCGUUAACGCGUGUUUGGGCAUCGUGUCCCUGAUCUCCCUGGCCGUCCUCUCCUUCGAGCGCUACAGCACCAUGGUGAAGCCCACCGUAGCCGACGGCAGAGACUUCCGCCCGGCGCUGGGGGGCAUCGCCUUCUCCUGGCUCUACUCCGUGGCCUGGACUGUGCCGCCGCUGCUGGGCUGGAGCGAGUACGGGCCCGAGGGCCCCGGCACCACCUGCUCCGUGGACUGGAAGACCCAGACGGCCAACAACAUCUCCUACAUCGUCUGCCUGUUCGUCUUCUGCCUGGUGCUGCCCUUCUGCGUCAUCCUCUACUCCUACAGCAGGCUGCUGCAGGCCAUCAGACAGGUCAGCGUGGUGAGCUCGGUGGUGACGCGGCACCGGGAGCAGCGCGUGCUGGCGAUGGUGGUGGUGAUGGUGGCGUGCUACCUGGUCUGCUGGCUGCCCUACGGAGUGGCCGCCCUGCUCGCCACCUUCGGCCCCCGUGACCUCCUGAGCCCGGAGGCCAGCAUCACGCCGUCGCUGCUGGCCAAGUUCUCCACCGUCGUCAACCCCUUCAUCUACAUAUUCAUGAACAAACAGUUCUACAGGUGUUUCCGGGCCUUUCUAAGCUGCUCUACGCCCGAGCGAGGCUCCACCUUAAAGACCUUUUCACGGCCGACCAAGACGCUGCGCGCCGGCCGCCACGAGAAGGGACGCCGCGUGUCGGCCGCCGCCCCCUCCACCGCCCAGCCCACGCGCAACUCCGCCCCGAGGUCUUCGCAGGGAGCCAAUCACGCGUCUGCGACCCCGCCGCCGUCUCCGGCGGACGGACGCUGCGCUGCCGCCGGCGCCGCCAAACCCAAACGCACCCUAGUGGCUCACUACAGGGAGUGAAAACAGCAACAACAACAACAACAAUGACGACGACAACAACGUGGAGCGGCGGGUUUGCAGGAAGCAAAGUGACGAGCGCAUCUUCAAUCAACAAACAAAUCCUCUUAAUUGCAGAGAAGUCGGGGGCCUCCGCAGGGGAGGGGCCUCAGGCACAAGCUGGGACGCUUUAAUCCGAGAACAUCCCAGCUCGCCAUUGGUGUGUGUGUAGUCGGCAGACUGGGAAACGCACAACACGCCAGUCACACCCAGUUUACCAGAAGGCCUGUGCAGGAAACACAGGAACGAGGAAACACACACAAACGUCCCACAGAAACGGGUCGAGCUUUGGUGAAAAUGUAGUGAUGAAGUGUCUUUGUUACCCGUCUAAAUAAAGUUCUUUCUUAAACUCAGAAACUAUCCGGGAGGAGCAUUUGGAGAAGCACAGCGUUCUUUUUUUCGGGGGGGUGAGGGUUGUUUGAGGGGGGAAACGGGGGCAAUGAGAUAUUUUGUCAGCUCCAGCGUGGAGCGACUGUUAGCGGGAUUAUUUCUGCAAUAAUUGGGUGAAGAAACAGGAUAAGCGUUUCCUUCCUGACCCCAUUUCCACGCCUGACAUCUGAGGAUUUGAUACAGAGUAUCACACAUUUGUGAACAAUUUUAUUUAAUUUAGAACCCAAAAGGUUUUUAAUAUGCUUUAUUUACACUUUGGCUCUCGUGUGAAAGCCACGAAAAGGGACAUGACCCAACGGCACGAGGGACACGUAUGACAUUUCAUUGUUUUGCAUUAUCUUGAUGUUUAAGUAUCCGCUGCCUUCUUGUUAAGUAGAAAGGGCCUUUCUUGUGUUGUCCCCCGGUGUAUUUUCAUUCGCUCAUGUUGCAUUAAUUAAAUCUUGUCACAAACAGA